CUCGCUCGACGUACAGUGUAGUGUGUAAUGCGUUUGAGCGUUGUGUUUCUUGACGUUUGUGUAGUUUUUUUACUGUGAAUAAUGUGAUUGUGUAGUUCGUUAUGGCAUUUAGAUACCGUGAAGAUUUGGUCGGCAAAAGAUUUCUCUCUGUGAGUGGUGUUUCAAAAAUAAACGUGAAUAAAGUUUCCGAAUGGGGAUGGAAAGCUGGUGUUAUCAGAGCAGCUUCUCAUAAAGAUAACAAGAAUAAGGAACUUCAGGUGUUGGUAGAAUAUGAUGGAGUUGAUUGGCAACGACGUGAAUGGGUGGCAGUGUAUUCGCGUAAAACAUUUCGUGUGUUUUUAGUUGAAAGAACGUUAGUGUGGUCACCCAAAAAAUUGGAAAAAGAAGAAGUAAAAUGGCCUGCUUUGACGUUCACUCCGUUGUCUGCUGACGUCACACUUCAAGCAGACGCACAGCCAGUCGAGUAUCUUCAUGACAGACAACUUUUCUUUCUUGACUAUGCGAACCUGCAGCCUUACCAGGACUGGGAUGCCUCUGUAGCAGGUUCAGAAGCUGGCCUGGAAUCGGCUACGCUGUUAGCAUUGGCCGCAGAGGCAGCGGAAUGGAGAACAACUCAAGAUGGUCAACGUAUUCUCACAACAACGCCGUCGGUGCUCGGUGGAUGUCGCGCCCAAGUUUACAGGGUCGCUGGUGCCACUCAAUGGUACACUGCUGUUAUUGUUGGUGUCAAUGAACACACCGGCGAGCUCACUGUCACUGACGACACUGUUCUUGAGGAACAUAGUGAAGACCCUGCCUUGGUUCAGAUGAGACUCCUUGGUGACGGAGUUAUAGAAUCUAUAAUGCGCGGGGAAGUUGUUGGUGUGAUGCCUAGAAGAUCUCGUUCUAACCUCCAAAGGGUUGAAAGAGAAGCUACGAAGAGCCCAGCGACCACUGGAGGCAGGAAGAAAGCGAGUGUCCGCAGCAACGGUCAGAUUACUACGGUAGAACCACCAGCACAACCUGCAGGUACAAUCAACGAAACAAUUUGUAAAGGUUUAUCGCCAGAGCGUGAACCCGUUGAGAUUAAAAAAGGUGUCGCAGAAAGUGUAAGUGCAAGUGGUGAUGUGUUGGAGAUCAGUGACGAAAACAAGUGCGUAAAAGAGGAGGUGAAGGGCGAAGAGUGCGCAAACAGUGGUGGUGAAGUGAAGAGUGAAGUGAGUGCGGGCGCGGAUGGUGUUGGCAGCGCCGUGGCCUCCGAGGAGGACGACUGUGUGAUAGUGUGCGCGCGCGAUGCGGACGAUCGGUCCGACUCCGGCGUGAGCGGCGUGCGCUCAGGCGGGUCGGCCAGCUCGGUGGAGGAGUGGCGCGGCAUGGCGCACGGCUACGGCGGCGGCCCACCCCCGCCCCUGUUGCACCUGCCUCCGCCGCCGCCACACUCGCUCUAUGCGAACGAGCUGCUGUGGAAGCAGCGAUAUCAACCACCGAUACAUCCGCCGCUGCACCAUGCCAUCGCGGACGAUUAUAUCGCGGCCGCCACAUACGAUAGAGAGAGACAUGAAAGACUGUUACGAGAACGGAGGGAUCAGGAGCAACGGGAGAUGCUGGAAAAGCAACAGAAAGAAAAAGAAAGAGAACGAAUGGAGAGGGAACGGGAAAGAGAAAAACAAGAAAGGGAAGAGAAAGAGAGGAGAGAACAAGAAAAUGCUGCGUCAAAACUAGUUUCGAGGCAUUUUGAGGAAUCUCUCAGGCUAGCAAAUCAAAAGCGGGAACGUAGUAUGUCAUGGUCACUAUUAAACAGUCUGGCACCAAACCGAGGUGGCUCAGGACCUGAACACGAUCGAAUGCGGACGGCAGAGCGCGCGUACUAUUCGCCACCGGCACAUCCGCCCGACCGUUUGUCGCAACAAGAUUACGCGACGCAUGCAUCCCACGCGUCCCAUGCGCCGCACGCGCCGCAUUCCCAACACGCGCCUCGCCACUCUCUCGCCAAAUCCGAUAAACAACCACAACAUCCCGUCCUUCCGAAGGGCGAACCUAAUUUCGCCCCCUACAACUAUCCACCAUAUAGGUACGAAAAACUAAAAGAUCAACAUUUGCCCGCUCCUCCUCCCCUUGUCCCCGAGAAAAAUUCUGUGAUAGUCAAGCACGACGCCAAACAAAUACAUUUGGAGCAAAAGCAUCCGUAUCCUAGCAAGCCGAGGAGUGAACCGUCCCCCCACUACCUACCUUCGCGGCCAUACCGAACUGGUCUAUCGCCGCACGCACCGCCUCAUCCCCAUCCCGCGCUACAGACUUCACCACAUGCAGCGUUGCCGGCGCAAGACAAGAGUCGCAGGCUUUACCAGCCCCAACCGCAGAGAUCGCCAGCUGCUUAUUACCAGUCUCCACCAGUGAAACCGAAGGUAUCGAGUCCAGCACCACCUCAUAUUUACGGAAAACCAAGCAGUAAUUCACCGGGACCUUCUCCUUCUCCACAUUAUACAGUGGCUGUAGAACCACCUAUGCAGCUAACAAAAGCUGAACCACCACCGGUACCCUAUCCUCCACCUUCCGCGUACUCGCCUGCGACGCGAACGCGACCGCCGCCCGUUGCACAUUCGCGCACACCUGAACCUCGGCCGCCGCCGCGAGCGCACGGUGAUCUUAGUAAUUCAUCUCCGUGUCAAACUCAACCUCUAGAUCUUGGUGUUUCACGAGAGGAUCCAGACCGUUUGUCGCCGAGAAGACGAUGUCCUUUUGAUCCAGCCGAAACGACAGAUGUCAAGCGUAAACGUUUAGAAAGCCCCGCGCCUGAACCAUUAAUUGCUGCAGCUGCAAGUGUUGGUCGAACACCGCUAGGCUCUGAACCCGCGCCGCAGGCCCCGGGUCCUCCUUGUGACGUUAGAGUUCCUUCAGCAGAUGGUAGUAUCGAGACGCCAGAAAAAGCAGCAGGUGCUUCACCUGCACCUCAAAUUACGCCUGCAGCUAGUCCUGCCCCAGCGACACCAGUGCCUCCAGUCGCUUCGACGCCACCGAUAACGCCUGCGUUAUCAACGUCAUCUUCACCACCUGCCCCUCCUGCUACUCCACCCGUUAUGACAGUAGCUGAUAGUGAAACGCCUGCUAAAAUGGCUUCCCCCAAUCCCCGAGAUGGUUCAGCCCCGGUUCGGCAUUUAGGCAAAAAAGCAUGGUUGCAGAGACAUGAAACAGCACCCAUCGGUGAAGGUGAUUGCUCAGGAGGUGGAGGAACUUGUAUAACUUUGCCGAUGACGAUAACUCGUGUGUCUGAGCCGGACGAUUCAAGUUCUAAUAUAGUAGUGCCAGUUGCUGCAAAAUCUAUUCAGCGCGGUGCACGCAAAACGUCAAAACCGAGGAAGCCAAAGGAAGUAAACGGUCGCGUUGAUGACGCGGAGGAAGACAGUACAAGUUCUGAACGUGAAUCGACUUCACCGCCGAAGCGAAAACCGCCUAAGGCGAAACGGAAAAAGGGGACGGUGAAAAAAGCGAGUGAUGAAUCAAAAAAGAAAAAAGCAUCAGAAAGUGGAAGUGAGAGUGAUAAAGAAAGUGACGAUAAAGACUCUGAUUCGGGAGGUAGUGGUAGUGGUAGCGGAAGUACGUCAAGUAAACGUGGUGGAGGACGCGCGCGGGGAAGAAGGUCACGUGGUGGAGGGCGGGGUGGUAGACGCCGGGAAGACCCUCCGCGCCGAACUCCCUCGGCCGCCCGCUCCAAGUCAACUUCGGAGUCGUUCCUACAGAACGGGCCGUGUUUCGAGGUGGCGCCGCGGCUUGCCAAGUGUCGUGAGUGUCGCUGGUCCCCCGCGCAACGGGAUAAGGACAUGCCGAACAUCUUUUGCCGAUUUUACGCUUUUCGAAGACUGAAGUAUGCCAAGAAUAGGCAGUUAGCUAUAGCCGGAUUCUCAGAUCCAUAUAAAGAUGCAGAAGAGGAAGACAAAAAAUUAUGGUUAUCUUCAUCAGCUGAUGCGGCCGAGUUAGAUAUUGAAAUGAGUUGUUUCCUGUUAAGAGAAAUUGGAGAUCAAUUUUGUGAAUUACUACAACAAGAAAAAGAGGCGGAAUCCCAUCAUCUAAAUGAAGACAAAACAAUAGCGUGGAAGCGCGUUGUACAAGGUGUGCGUGAAAUAUGCGAUGUGUGUGAAACCACGCUCUUCAAUUUCCAUUGGACUUGCGGUAAAUGUGGAUUCGUCGUUUGCCUGGAUUGCUAUAAGUCAAGAACGUCAGGCGAAUCAGGCAAUUCUCCUACCGACUCAAAUAAUUCUGUAAAUACCAAUACCAACGGCGAAAGAGAUUCUUUCGGAUGGUUGACAUGCACGUCCGGUGGCGCGCACCCCGCGCGGCGACUGCUGCUGACGCAGAUCGCUGCGGGCGGCGCCCUGGGCGCGGCGGCUGCGCGUGCGCACCGCGCGCGGGCCGCCUUCGCGCUGCCGACCUGCGCCUGUGGACACGCUUCUGACGCGCCCGAAGCGCUUCGGACUGCCGCCAGACUACUGCUACAGAAGGCCUUACAAAAGACUGUGAAAAAAGAGGAUGUUAAGGAAGAAAACUCUGCAACGAAUGGUUCGUCACCAGUGAAAUCAGAAAACGGCAAAACGGGUUCGUCCAUAGUGAGCUGGCUCUCCGACAUACCCGUAAAGGCAGAAACAAAGGAAGAAAAGUCCGAUACAAGUUCAUCAGAUUCGGAAGAAGGAGGAAACUUUUCGACCCUACGAGAGCUGCUAAUACGACCAGCGCCAGAAGGUGCUGAAGCCCAGCCAAAGAAAAAACAAAAGAAAAAUAAGAAUGAUAUCUUAGAUGACGUGAUAUCUAGUGUCGUUGAAGAAAAGAAAGAUGAAGAUGGAGAGGGUAAACCCUUUGCGUUGUCAAAUGUUGUCAAGAGGUACGACAGGAGCGGUCGAGGAAGGGAAGAGCUGCCAAUUCGCAUAAUGACAAUGACGGAGUCCAAGCUGCUGUACCCUGAUGUUCCACAUGCAUGGCUCUGUGAUGGAAAACUGUUGCAUCUUACAGAUCCCGCCCAUGCUGGCAAUUAUAAACCGUUCCAGGAUCAGUGGAAACGUGGCCAACCAGUUCUAGUCUCAGAUGUAUCGAGUCUACUUGUCAAAGACCUGUGGACUCCAGAAAGCUUUUCUCGUGAUUUCGGUGACACACGAGUCGACCUUGUCAAUUGCGCUUCCGGCCUAGUGGUGCCUAAUCAGCCUGCGAGGAAAUUCUGGGACGGAUUCGAUUUAGCCGCCAAGCGGCUGAGGGAUGAACGCGGCGCUCCGAUGGUGCUAAAACUAAAAGAUUGGCCUCCAGGUGAAGACUUCGCCGAGCUUCUGCCGGCACGGUUCGAUGACCUCAUGCGCGUUUUGCCCCUGAGCGAAUAUACCUCACGCAACGGCAAACUAAAUCUCGCUGCGCGACUUCCCGAAUGCUUCGUUCGACCAGAUUUGGGACCAAAAAUGUAUACGGCUUACGGCGGAGCCGGCGGUACUACGAAUCUUCAUCUGGACGUGAGUGACGCAGUAAACGUGAUGGUCCACGCCAGCGCCCCGGCGGACGCCCCCGAGAGGGCGCGGGAGGCUGCGCGGGCGGCCGAGGAGGCGGGGGUGGAUGUGCUGUCGCGGCGCCGCGCGCGCGUCAAGCCGCCGGCGGCCCUCUGGCACAUCUAUGCCGCCAGAGACGCGGAUAAGAUUCGCGACUUCCUAGUCAGAGCGGAGCUGGAGCGCGGAGCGAGGCCACGCGCACAGCACGAUCCUGUCCACGAUCAAACGUGGUACUUGGACGCGGCUCUGCGAGAGAGGCUGUACAGGGAAUACGGGGUUGAAGGCUACGCGAUACUGCAGUGUCCUGGCGAUGCCGUUUUUGUUCCGGCCGGAGCGCCUCAUCAAGUCAGGAAUCUCCUAGAUUGCAUCAAGGUGGCCGAAGAUUUCGUAUCACCCGAGAACGUUUCGAGGUGUUUCGAGCUCGCUCAACAGUUCCGGCGGCUUUCUCGACAGCACGCGAACAAGGAAGACAAACUACAGAUAAAGAACAUAGUGUACCACGCAGUGAAGGACUCUCUCUGCUGCCUGGAAGAGGCGCUCGCCGAAACCAAGUGAAGUCGAGUGGGCCUCGCAAUUGAUCUCAACUUCGAACGUAACAUUAUUCGCUAAGUUCCGCAUUUAACGUAAGAUUGGGAGCGAGUGUGAUACGCGCUGUGCGCCGUUUCGUGUAUAAGAUGCCAUUGUUGAGCGUGGUGUGGAUCGUGUACCAGUUUGUGUGUAAAUGUACUUUAAGAAAUGUGAUUUAGUCCGACGGUCGCGAUCGGAGCAUGUGCAAUGUAAAUUAGUCUGAUAAUGGUGAUAUCGUUGAGAUGUGGAUAUGUUUUAUGUUCCUUAAUCGAAAUACAAAUAAACUCUUCAGGUUAUUAUAACAGCUUAAUGUAGCUAUAGUGAUAUGUAUGUAAUGUGUAAAUUUUUAAUUCGAAUUCCAUCGAGUACAUAUUAAGAAGUCUUUUACUUUUAAGUUAUUGUAUUGAAAUAAAAAAAACGUAUUCGCUCGAAGCAUUGUACAUUAAAACACGGCGUGUAGAUAAGUUUCUCCUAUAUUAGUUUUCUCAAUUUGGUUAGUAUGUUAUAAAAAUAAUAGUUAAACAAGAUAUGUGGCAAUUUUAUUUUGUCCUUAUUGCUGUAAUAAGCGAAAACAAGUUUUUUUUGUACUGUGUAUAUUAUGUAUGGUUAUAAGUUGGAAUAAAAAAGAUGUUUAUAUUA